UAUUUCCUCGGUCGAUCGAAGAAGAAACGGUGGGAUAUUAUCAUGUGCUUAUUGAGUACAUUACCCACCUCAUGUGCAUUGGCAGCUUUUAUCGUUUCAAUCACAUAUACGUAGAAAGAUCAUUGUCAUCGUUCAUUGCAGAUGUAUUGAUCAGCCGAAUAAAUAAAUGUAUCACGGCUGGCGUAUUGAUCUCAAGGUAAAUACAUUUUUUAUCGCCUGAUUUACACCAUUCCCUUCAGAAAUAUGCACACAUAACUCAUUCCAAAUACCACAUUUUUCGGUAAGGUAUGAUUGGAAUGGAACAGAUGACUUUAGGAUUGACUAUCCGAGGACGAUAAGUGACACAGUUAUUGGAAUUCAAGUUUAUAGUUUAAAUAUUGUGCGAAAUCUCGAAAACAUUAAUUUGGAUUGGAUUGAAAAGCGGUUGCCAAGGAAGCCACGAACAAAAUAUAUCAUUUUAUUGGAAGAGGAGUUUUCAAGUCCGCCCAAGGAAUUGGAACAAGUUUUCGCGGAAAUUUGGGACAAACAAGUGCUAAAUGCACUAGUCGUAUACUAUUCGAAUUUUAGUGUGAACGCUGUUACAUUUCAUCCUUUCCCGGAGUUGAGUUUGGAUUUCAUUCAUGGAAAAGACCUACACAAUCAUUCACGACUGUUUUGGGACAAAGCCCGCAAUAUGUAUGGCGCUCCAUUAAAAGUGAUUGGAUUUUAUGACUCAUCGCGGGCACGGUUCGAUAAAAACAACAGAAACAACAUGAGUGCGUUAGAGGGAACUGACGGUUUGCUGACACGUUUAAUCGUAGAAAAAAUGAAUGCAUCAUUGCAACUAUCUGAACCAGAAGAUGGAUUGGAAAUUGGUGAAUUGUUUCCCAACAAAACAUCAACUGGCUGUUUAGCGGCUUUAAUGAGUGGCAAAUAUGAUUUGGGAUUGAAUGUGCGUUUUUACCGCUUAAAUCAAUUUGAGGGGAAAGUCGAAGCAACCCAUGCGAUUGGCCGAGACGAUAUUUGCUUCUUAGUACCAAGAAAAGGAAAGGCGCCGGAUUUCGCAAAUAUAUUUCGGCCUUUUCGCAAAUACACUUGGAUUUCCAUUUUUAUUUCAUUGCCAUGCUAUACGAUAGUGUUCUAUUUAUUGGUUUUUCGCCACAAUCGAUUGCAUUCAUUGCAGUAUUUCCUUCUUCAAUUUUUUGCCUACAUGCUACAACAAUCAGCCAGUUUUAUUCCACGAACCAAUCGUCAAAGAAUUUUAAUUAUCUUUUGGGUGGUUAGCGUUUUCCUGCUCUCUUCAAUGUACCAAGGCAAAAUGUCUGGGUCUUUGAUCAUCCCUAAAGAUCAACCCGACAUAGCAAAUAUCGAGCAAUUGGCCAAUAGCGAUUUGAAAGUCAUGUCAUUUUCACGAUACAAUCGGCAAAUCAUUGAGUUUUUCAGCGACCCAAAAUACAAUGGCGUUUACAAGCCUCUAUUUAAGAAACUGAUCAAUGGGACAAUCGACGAAUUUAACGAUUUGUUGACAAAGUUUGAUCCAUCAUAUGCGUUUGCCAAUAAAUAUCAUAUAAAUGUGCAUUUGCGGCGUAUUUACACGCAAGAUUCAUCGAUUUAUUUCCAUCACGUGCAACAAUGUGCUGUCCCCUUCUUGGGCGUUUACGGCAUUCGCUAUGGUACACCUUAUAAAGGUCGUAUCAAUUUUAUCAUUCGGCAAGCGCAAGAAGGAGGACUUCUUGAUAAAUGGGAACGCGUGAAUACGGUGAGCGAACAAAAAACUCAAGCAAAACUCCAUGGCGGCAAUGGAUUAGUCCCAUUUUCUUUAUUGCAUUUGCAAACAGCAUUCUACGUUUAUGUAUUGGGGUGCGUGACUGCAAUCGGUGCUUUCAUAUCAGAAAUGGCUUUUACUCAUUUCGUUAGGAAAAAGAAAACUGUCACAUGUGGAUUUUUUUCCUUUCGAUACAUUUCAAAUGUUCCUGUAUUGGAGUGGCGUGGCGCUUGAUUUGCAAUGGUUUUUUUGACCUUCAAAGACCUUUAGUAUUUAGUAAAGGUUGACUUAUUAUCAAAGAAAAUUGGGCAGCUGUCAGUUUCGAUGACAUCUAUGUCAUUUGCAGAGGAGGAUUAUUAUGCAUGAUUUAAAUUGUAGUUAAUGUCAUAAUUGAGCACAAUGGAAAAUUAUAGCUUUUCCUGCUUAUUCUUCAUGUAUGAUAGUAAUGUGUCACAAAAUCAAUCGCAAAAUGGAUUGGAGGAGUCAAUCAAACGAUUUUAGACGUAGUUAAUUGUUGGCCGUACACGAAGUCAGAUCAUUUUCUCACAGAAUGUUUCGAAUUUUUAUUUCCAUUUUUUUACUCACCUUGAUUAUGGCUGAUUCAAAAUCAUCGCCAACCGAAAUAAACCAUCAUUUUCAAAUUAUUGAAGCAUCAACCAACUAUCAAAAUCACAUAUUGAAAUAUAUUCUAAAUGUAUUUUGCAAAGUUCGGUCUAUUUUUAUGAGUGUUUCAAUCGAAAAACGUGUUCCAUUUGUGUUUGUUAAUCGAGUUAUACAUACGCUGAGCUGUUGUUCAUCUGCUGGACUCAUUUUGAAUGGGUAAGAAGCAAACCAAAUAUGCUUGACAUUUUUAUGAAUUCGUAAGACUCAUUCGCAUCUUAAUCAGGUACGACAGUUCUCAAAAGCAACAUAUCGAUAUCAAUCCAUAUGAACAUAAAGACAUUGGAAUUGAACUCUAUUCCCUGAACAUUCUAAAGAACGCCCAAGAUUUAAACUUAUCAUAU